AUUGUUUUGACGUCUCAUUGUUUUCCUUUUUCUCCGUACGCAGGUGUUGUGUUUUCCACGAAAAAAGGCAUUUUCCGUAAAAAAUGGGUUUCCUAACAGUGCUUAAGAAAAUGAGGCAGAAGGAAAAGGAAAUGCGAAUCCUUCUUCUAGGACUCGACAAUGCCGGUAAAACGACAAUCCUCAAAAGAUUCAACGGUGAACCAAUUGACACAAUAUCCCCAACAUUGGGAUUCAACAUAAAAACCCUCGAACACAAUGGCUACACCCUCAAUAUGUGGGAUGUUGGUGGGCAGAAAUCCCUCCGAUCGUACUGGAGAAAUUAUUUUGAGUGCACCGAUGGGCUGGUGUGGGUGGUGGACAGUGCCGACAGAAUGAGACUGGAAACGUGUAGAGAAGAGCUUAAAAUCCUCCUGAAAGAGGAACGUCUAGCAGGUGCAACGUUGCUCGUACUGGCAAAUAAACAAGAUCUUCCGGGAGCUCUGUCGGCGCAAGAGAUAAAGGAAAUCCUCCAGCUGGAUGACAUCGUGACACAUCACUGGAGCGUCGUUGGAGUGAGUGCCGUAACAGGUGACAAACUUCUUGGUUCUGUUGAUUGGUUGAUUGGUGACAUCGCCAAGCGGAUAUUUACUCUCGAUUGAUUUGCAAUUCAAACAAUUUCAAAGAUUUGUAUAAUCUUUUUAAUUCAAUACAUAAUAUAUUUAUAAAAUUAAUUAUAAAAUACACUAGAAACGCUUGAGAAAUGCACAAAAGCGUAAUGGGGAGAGACGAGCUUUUGCAGUGUCACUAACAGUAAUAUCACAAGGGGGUGUUUUGUGAGAGAAAUAGAAGAUGAUUCUAGGGGCGCAUUGUGUCCAGGAUCCAUUUCAUGUAGUUCCCUACGCGGACGUAUACGGCAGGCGUGCCAUUUGAAACGCCGCAUGAGCUCAAACCAGCGGAUACAAUGCCAAAUUGAACGUAGCGCUGUCCAAGGAUGUUUGCGGGAUAGACGAGGGGGCCCUGAAAAAUACGAGAAGGAUUAUAAUGAGAUUUGGGAAAUACCUCAAAGGAUAAUUUAAAUUAUUUUUUGCAUUUUUCUCUGGAAUGCCGCCUCUCAGAGUUGAUAAAAUUAAUCAAAUUAUUAUAGAUUAAGACUAAAGUUAUAUUUAUUUAAGCUCCUAAUAUUUUGUAAAUAAAUAUUUUAUAUUGAAA